ACAACGUGUAAAGUGACGUUUGAAUGAGGCAAGCACAAACUUGUAUGUUGCUCCAUUUAAGUUGACUGGUGAACGGUAAUGUCUGUUAAGAGACAGAGUGAAAUGGCUUCUCCCGUAGACCAACAGAAUAAGAAGAAGAAGCAAGUUAGGGUUUGGGUGGAUGGAUGUUUUGACAUGGUGCAUUUUGGUCAUGCCAAUGCGAUCAGACAGGCUAAGCAGAUGGGGGAUUACCUGAUUGUUGGAGUACAUUCUGAUGAGGAAGUAGCCAAACAUAAGGGCCCCCCAGUGUUCACAGACAAGGAAAGAUAUGAAAUGGUCCGAGCUAUCAAAUGGGUUGAUGAGGUUGUUGAAGAUGCCCCCUAUGUGACAACUUUGGAAACUCUGGACAAAUAUAACUGUGACUUUUGUGUACAUGGAGAUGAUAUCACCACAACUGCUGAUGGCACAGACACUUAUCACCUUGUCAAGAAGGCAGGCAAAUACAAAGAAUGUAAAAGAACUGAGGGUGUGUCCACAACAGAUUUGGUAGGCAGAAUGUUGUUGUUGACCCGCUCCCAUCACCAAAUAGAGGAUAAAGAAAUGGACAAGCAGAGCGUGGGUGCUAUUGGCCAGCUGGUUGGCUCUGGCAGGUCAUCUUUAAUGUCUAACCGACAGGCCCCAAGUGCAUCCAGUCCUUGGACUGGGGUCUCACAGUUCCUCGCCACCUCCAAGAAGAUUAUCCAGUUCUCAGAGGGGAAAGAGCCUAAGCAAGGGGACAGGAUCGUGUAUGUUGCAGGAGCAUUUGACUGCUUUCAUUUGGGACAUUUGGAGUUUUUGAAGAAGGCACACAAGGAAGGGGACUUCUUGAUAGUUGGUCUGCACACAGAUGUGGUGGUGAACAGAUACAAGGGCUCAAACUAUCCAAUAAUGAACCUCAAUGAGAGGCUGCUCAGUGUCCUCGCCUGUCGAUAUGUAUCAGAGGUUGUGAUUGGUGCUCCCUAUGCUGUAACUGCUGAUCUUAUGGACCAUUUCAAGGUUGACAUUGUUAUUCAUGGCAUGACUCCAAUACAACCUGAUGAGGAUGGCUCAGAUGCCUAUGCUGAGCCUAAGAAGCGAGACAAAUUCAAGACUGUUAACAGUGGAACUGAUCUUACAACACACACAAUGUUAGAGCGCAUCAUUGCUCAUAGGCUGCAAUAUGAAGCAAGAAAUAAAAAGAAGGAGGCAAAAGAAGCUAAGAUUUUUCAGGCCAUGAAAGAAAAGGAAGUCUACGAGGUAGAAUAAUGCAGCAGUUGGAGUUUUUAAGCUGUGUUGUUGUGUCUCAGAGGAAAUGCAUAAUGGGAAAGUGCCUGAUUACAUAAAGAGGAACAUUAUCCAGAUCAGAUGAAGAGUCAGUCAGACUACAGUAUAUCUUAACUUGAGGGAGUUGAAUGGUAUUUUUCACCAAAGUCAUUCAUGAUAAGGUAAUACAUGAAAUUUUUAUCAGAGAUUUACUGUAAAGAUUUUAAAUUUGUGGAUUUUCAUAUUUAUGCCUUUUAACAUUUUUAAAUACAUUCAGAUCAGCAUGUUGUUUUAACUUUUUAUUUUGCCAAUUAUUAAUGGUUAUUUAGAAGGCUAUGUUUUAGGUUUGUAUUUGAGUGUGGAUAGAAAUACAAGGCUUAACAAGGUAAAAUAUAUAGCAUCUAUGCGGGAACGUCUUGAGCAUUUUUUUUUUUUGUGUAAGCAUGCGCGUAAGAGGGUAUUUAAACCAGCCUAUUUUCUCUAUUAGGCUGUAUGUUUUUAUUCAUGUGUUUUUUUUCUUAUUGGUUUUAAUUGAAUAGCAUUCAAUUAUUCUUUGUAUUCUGUGAUACACUAUAUGCCAAAUAUGAAAGACUGAUUUGUACAAAUGUACCAAAUACAUACUCGUUUUUCAGCAGCUUUUGUAUCUCUCAAUACAGCUUAUGUUGUUAUCCUGCUUUUACUGGGAUUAUUUGGGAUAGUUGUGUACUGUAGCUGAGAUCUGUAUGCACAGCCAUUGUAGUCUUCAUCAAUAUGGGGAGUUUUGAAUUGGAACUCUUUUGUCGUCAAAGGUGAAAACAGUCCUACUGUGUCAUGUGACUUGUGAAAAAUGUUAGGCAACCUUUCUUGCACAAGAAUUUACUGAUCACCUCUCUUGCCCUUUUCCAGGGGCACAAAUGACAGUUCUUUAUUUUGGGAACUUCUUAAGUUAUCACACAUUCACAUUUUUUACUGAUUCAUUUUUCGUUUACUCUUAAAUUACUUUUUAUGACACUUUUUUCAGAUGCCCAAUGUUAUAGUGAAUGUGAUCAGAAAUAGUUACUUAACAUUUUGGCAGGGCACGAUACAGCUGGGCUUUUUCUACCUUCAUCGAUAAAAGAGUUAAAACAUAAAACUUUUUCAAAGAUAAACAUAGUUACAUAUGUCUCUGACCUAGUUUCAGAAUUAUGUGAUGGAUCUAUGUGUGCUCAUUACAAGUACAGAAUUAAUAAGUAAUUAAAUUAUAUCAGGACUGCUUUAAAGGAAGUUGACUGGUUUUGUGUGUAACAGAUAAUAAGACGUGUUGAUUAUUGAUCUAAACUUUAGGUUGUAUGUGGACAUAAUCAUUUUUUUCAUCCAUUCAAUUCUUUGAAUGCUAAGGUAAGUACAAAUUACUGACUACAUCUGUAAUUGGCAUGCGGUUGUACUUGUACGCUGAUUUACAGACAGUAGUCAAAUAAAUAAAUAAAAUGUUACUGCUGUCCCUGUUUUAAGUCUUGGUUUUUGGCUAACAGUGUCAUACUUUCCCCAGUUUGAACUCUGCAACACCAUUUGCUCAGUCAUGACAGCAUGUAACUUGUGUUUGUUCAGGUUUUGACACUUGAAACAUAAACUCAUUUAAUGAGGUCAUUUGCUCUAGACUAAUACAAAGGGGGUUUCAGGUUAAUCAAGCUGGACAAACUUUUCUGUGAGCACCUUUCAACACACGGCCUUCUUGUCCAUGCAAGCAACGAACAGCAUCAUGUUUAUAGGUAGCUUUAGUAAGCAAAGGUUCAUUCCUCAAUAGGGAUAUUGAUUUACAUAAUAUAUGAUUUUAGAUCAAUUCUUGUUUUAUGAUCCUAGGCAUUUAAGCUACAACCUAACAAGGUCAUCAACAGUUUAGAGGCUGAAACUGAACCAGUGCAGCAGAGGCUGAAACUGAAUCAGUGCAGCUGAGGUUGAAACUGAAUCAGUGCAGCAGCCUUAAUGUACGUGUACUACACUUUCUUUCCCCAUAUGUGCAAAAGUAAUUUCUUUAUUUUACUAUUUUUUUUUUUACUAUUUUUGCUAUUAUUUUUUUUCUUCAGUUUAUAGCAAAAUGCUUUGUGUAAAUGUCAUCUCAUUUGCAAAAACAGAAAUGUGGUUUGUUAUUACUGUGAGCUUUUUUGUGGGGAACUUGUGCCAUUUCUUUUUUGUGUUAUGUGUUUGACACACCUGUUUUUGAAAACUUACUGAAAACUGGAUACCGGUAUGUAAAGUAAUGUAUUUAUAUACAUUCACUGACAAGACUAUAAUUUCGUGGUCAUAAUUUUUUUAUAUUUAAUCAAGGCAGCUAAAUGACAAGUACAACUGUUACUAUGAUUUUUGUCUCUUGGUACCAAGGGCUUAGUGUUUCUUUUACUGUGUGUGUGCAUUUUUUUUUUUGUUUAAGUCAUCACCUUGGACCCUACAGACUAGACAAAAACAGAGUUAACUACAUCAGGUCUAUACAUCACAUGGCUUUUGAUUCAUCAUUUUAUUGAAGCUAUGAAGCAGUGCAAUUCAAAAUAGGUAUGCAAAUAAGCAUCAUCUUGCCGUUCCUUUAUGUGUACCUUACUUCUGCUCUCUUAAGUUUAUAGCUAUACAUCUUUUACUGUUUAGUAAUGGUGUAAAGUGUCAGUUUUCUUUCGAAUACUUUCAACAUUUUUUUUAUUAGGUUACCAUAGCAACCAUUAGCUGUGAGAUAUCAGUUGGUAUAACUAUAUGCUUUACUUGAAAGAAAACGAUUUCCUGUGGGAAUCAUUAAACAUCACAUGAUGUUUUUUGUGCCAAAUAAUGCUAUUAAUAUUACAUGAAGUUGCUUCUUUAUGUGAACCCAGUAACUGUGUGUUUAUGUUUAAGACAUUCACUUGACAACUCUUUCCUCUAACGUUGCUUUGUGUAAUAAUCUAUUGAAAUCAAGAAUAUUUGAUUGCCGAAUUUUUAUUCUUUUAUAGCCGUUGGCACAUUUUAAAAAAAUCAAAAUGUAAUUAGCCUCAUUUAUGAACUGUAGUAUAAGCUACAUAAAGGGUUAUUUAAGGUAAUCUAAGUUGUAAUAUGCAUGACAUCAGCAACAUGAAGAUCUGCUCAAAUUAUUGUGGUAUAAAAGAUGUCUUUUGUUAUCUUUGUUUGAGUAUUAAAAAAUUAAAAUUAUAUAUACACAAUUUAAA